GGAGGCGUCAGCGUGGCGGAGCGCACGGCAUGGCGGCAUCGGCAGCGGCGGCGCGUCAGAGAUAGAGGGACGCCGGCCCGGUCAGGCCUCGGCGCGGCCUACACGCUUCGUUCGUCCUCUCCCGCCCGCGCCCGGCCAUGGCGGAGCCCUCGCCCGCCCGACGCCCGGUGCCUCUCAUCGAGUCGGAGCUGUACUUCCUCAUCGCCCGGUACCUCUCGGCCGGCCCGUGUCGGAGAGCCGCCCAGGUGCUGGUGCAGGAGCUGGAGCAGUACCAGCUGCUGCCGAAGAGGCUGGACUGGGAGGGCAACGAGCACAACAGGAGCUACGAGGAAUUGGUCUUGUCCAAUAAGCAUGUGGCUCCUGAUCAUCUGUUGCAAAUCUGUCAGCGCAUCGGUCCUAUUUUGGAUAAAGAAAUUCCACCCAGUAUUUCAAGAGUCACUUCUUUACUUGGUGCAGGAAGGCAGUCUUUGCUACGUACAGCAAAAGACUGCAGGCACACAAUUUGGAAGGGCUCUGCCUUUGCUGCUCUUCACAGAGGAAGACCUCCUGAAAUGCCAGUGAAUUAUGGUUCCCCACCAAAUCUUGUGGAGAUACAUCGAGGAAAACAACUCAGAGGGUGUUCCACUUUUAGCACAACAUUUCCAGGAAUUAUGUAUCAGCAUAUAAAAAUGCACAGAAGGAUUCUCGGACAUCUAUCUGCUGUUUAUUGUGUAGCAUUUGAUAGGACAGGACAUAGAAUCUUUACAGGUUCAGAUGAUUGUUUGGUGAAGAUUUGGUCAACACAUAAUGGCCGCCUAUUAUCCACAUUAAGAGGCCAUUCUGCAGAAAUCUCAGAUAUGGCAGUGAACUAUGAGAAUACAAUGAUCGCUGCAGGGAGCUGUGAUAAAAUAAUCAGAGUGUGGUGCUUAAGAACUUGUGCCCCUGUAGCUGUACUCCAAGGACACACAGGCUCAAUUACAUCUUUACAGUUUAGCCCAAUGGCCAAAGGCUCUCAAAGAUACAUGGUUUCUACUGGUGCUGACGGGACAGUUUGUUUCUGGCAAUGGGAUUUAGAAUCCCUGAAAUUUAGUCCACGGCCCCUGAAGUUUACUGAGAAGCCUAGACCAGGCGUUCAAAUGCUUUGUUCUUCGUUUAGUGUUGGUGGUAUGUUUUUAGCCACAGGUAGUACUGAUCAUGUAAUCAGAAUGUAUUUUUUGGGUUUUGAAGCACCUGAAAAAAUAGCAGAACUUGAAAGCCACACUGAUAAAGUUGAUAGUAUCCAAUUUUGUAACAAUGGUGAUCGGUUCUUAAGUGGUAGCAGAGAUGGAACAGCAAGGAUUUGGAGAUUUGAGCAGUUGGAAUGGAGAAGCAUUUUAUUGGAUAUGGCUACCAGAAUCUCAGGGGACUUAUCGUUGGAAGAAGAAAGGUUUAUGAAACCUAAAGUCACAAUGAUAGCUUGGAAUCAGAAUGAUAGCAUUGUUGUCACAGCUGUGAAUGAUCACAUCCUCAAAGUGUGGAACUCUUACACUGGACAACUGCUUCAUAACUUACUGGGACAUGCUGAUGAAGUGUUUGUUUUGGAGACACAUCCCUUUGAUGCCAGAAUUAUGUUAUCUGCAGGACAUGAUGGCAGCAUAUUUAUAUGGGAUAUUACAAAAGGCACCAAGGUGAAACAUUAUUUUAAUAUGAUUGAAGGACAAGGGCAUGGAGCUGUAUUUGACUGUAAGUUUUCACAGGAUGGACAGCAUUUUGCCUGUACAGAUUCUCAUGGGCACCUGCUGAUAUUUGGUUUUGGAUGCAGCAAACCGUAUGAAAAGAUUCCUGAUCAGAUGUUCUUCCACACUGACUAUCGACCACUGAUUAGAGACUCUAAUAAUUAUGUCUUAGAUGAGCAAACGCAGCAGGCUCCUCACCUUAUGCCUCCACCAUUCUUGGUAGAUGUAGAUGGAAAUCCUCACCCAACUAAGUAUCAGAGAUUAGUGCCAGGCCGAGAAAAUUCUGCAGAUGAGCACUUGGUUCCACAGCUAGGCUAUGUCGCAACAAGUGAUGGAGAUGUAAUUGAACAAAUUAUAAGCCUGCAAACCAAUGAUAAUGGUGAAGGAAGCCCAGAGUCCAGCGUUCUUGAUGGGAUGAUACGACAAUUGCAGCAGCAGCAAGAUCAAAGAAUGGGCGCCAGUGGGGACGGGUUUCCAGGCGGCCUUGCCAAUGGGGAGGAAGCACCAUGGAGAGGUUUUAGAAGACUAAGCUUAGACAUCCAGUCCCCUCCAAAUAUUGGUCUGCGUCGUAGUGGACAAGUUGAAGGUGUUCGUCAGAUGCAUCAGAAUGCUCCACGUAGUCAGAUUGCUACAGAACGAGACCUCCAGGCUUGGAAACGAAGAGUGGUUGUACCAGAGGUACCACUAGGCAUAUUUAGGAAGUUGGAAGACUUCAGAAUAGAGAAAGGUGAAGAGGAAAGAAAUCUUUAUAUAAUUGGAAGAAAAAGGAAGACUCUCCAGCUUUCACAAAAGUUUGAUUCGGUGGUUUUGAUGUCACAGUCUAGGCAGAGGGCAUGUAGACGUAAAUAUCCAAAUUAUGGUAGAAGAAAACUUGGACGGCUUGAGUUAUCUUCUGGAAAUGAAUCUUCAAGUUCUGUAAGACAUGAGACUUCCUGUGAUCAGAGUGAAGGUUCCUGUUCUUCUUCUGAAGAAGAAUGGAAAAGUGAUAGAAGAAGUGAAAGUGACAGUGAAAGCUCAAGUGACUCCUCAUCUAGAUAUUCUGAUUGGACAGCUGAUGCAGGCAUCAAUUUGCAGCCUCCUUUACGAACAUCAUCUCGUCGACGAAUUACCCGAUUUUGUAGUAGUUCAGAGGAUGAAAUGUCUCCUGAGAAUUUAUCUCCUCCAAAAAGGAGGAGAAAGAGAAAAAAAGAAAAUAAGCCUAAAAAAGAGAAUUUGCGAAGGAUGACUCCAGCAGAGCUUGCAAAUAUGGAACACUUAUAUGAAUUUCAUCCUCCAGUUUGGAUAACUGACACCACACUUCGAAAAUCUCCUUUUGUUCCUCAAAUGGGUGAUGAGGUAAUAUAUUUUCGACAGGGACAUGAAGCUUAUAUUGAGGCUGUCAGAAGAAAUAACAUUUAUGAACUGAACCCUAACAAGGAGCCAUGGAGAAAAAUGGAUCUGAGGGAUCAAGAAUUGGUCAAAAUAGUUGGAAUACGUUAUGAGGUUGGGCCUCCUACACUCUGUUGCCUCAAACUAGCAUUUAUAGAUCCUGCAACUGGAAAGCUUAUGGACAAAUCUUUCUCUAUUAGAUACCAUGAUAUGCCAGAUGUUAUCGACUUCCUUGUAUUGCGUCAGUUUUAUGAUGAAGCAAGACAGAGGGAUUGGCAGUCCUGUGACAGGUUCCGCUCUAUCAUUGAUGAUGCUUGGUGGUUUGGAACAGUGCUGAGUCAAGAGCCUUAUCAGCCGCAGUACCCUGAUAGUCAUUUCCAGUGUUACAUUGUUAGGUGGGACAAUACUGAAAUCGAAAAACUUAGCCCCUGGGACAUGGAACCAAUUCCUGAUAAUGUUGAUCCCCCUGAAGAAUUAGGAGCUAGCAUUUCUGUCACUUUAGAUGAGCUAGAGAAAUUGCUGUACAAGCCACAAGAUGGUGAAUGGGGUCAAAAAUCAAGAGAUGAAGAAUGCGAACGAAUUAUUAGUGGUAUAGAUCAACUUUUGAAUCUCGAUAUAGCAGCAGCUUUUGCGGGUCCAGUUGAUCUGUGUACAUACCCGAAGUACUGCACCGUAGUAGCUUAUCCAACUGACCUUUACACAAUUCGAAUGAGACUUGUUAAUAGAUUUUACAGGAGGCUAUCUGCAUUAGUUUGGGAAGUCAGAUAUAUAGAACAUAAUGCAAGAACAUUUAAUGAACCUGAGAGUGUAAUUGCAAGAUCAGCAAAGAAGAUAACUGGCCAACUUCUAAAGUUUAUCAGGAAUCAAGACUGUACAAGUAUCUCAGAACUUUCUAACACUUCUGAAAAUGAUGGGCAAAAUGCUGAGGAUUUGGAUGACAGUGAUCUUCCAAAAACAUCUUCGGGAAGAAGGAAAGUCCAUAAUUGGAAAAAAAGGAGCACCAAAGCAACCAACUAUGUUGAAAGCAACUGGAAGAAACAGUGUAAGGAACUAGUGAACUUAAUUUUUCAGUGUGAAGAUUCAGAGCCAUUUAGACAACCAGUUGAUUUGGUUGAAUAUCCAGACUACCGAGAUAUUAUAGACACUCCAAUGGAUUUUGGAACAGUAAGGGAAACUUUAGAAGCAGGAAAUUAUGACAGCCCUUUGGAAUUUUGCAAAGACAUCCGGUUGAUAUUUAGCAAUGCAAAAGCAUAUACACCAAACAAAAGAUCAAAGAUUUACAGUAUGACCUUGAGACUGUCUGCCUUAUUUGAAGAAAAAAUGAAGAAAAUCUCCUCUGAUUUUAAAAUUGGUCAAAAAUUCAAUGAGAAACUUCGAAGAAGCCAGAGGUUCAAGAGACGACAAAACUGUAACCGUGUCAGUCAAGCUAACAACAGUAUCAGAAAUAUCAAGCAGAAGCGGUUGAAGUUUCAGACAAAAGUGAUUCCUGAGUUGGUAGGUUCUCCUACCCAGUCUGCCACCAGUAGGGCAGCUUAUUCUGCACGUCACAGGACAAGCGCCAACGUCUCUUCAGGUGUUAGUUCUGGUGACUCUUCAGAUUCAGCAGGAUCUGCAGAAAGAACGAGAAGAAAUAGACCCGUCACUUUGAAAAGCGGUUCUGUACUAUCUGAAAGUGAAAUGGAAGAUUCCUUGGGUACCUUGUCGUCGUCUUCAGCUUCCAAUAGUUCAGAGGAGAGCAAACAGAGCUCAAGAGUUUGUGAGUCCUCCUUACGCAGUGGGCUGGCCAGGAGCAGCAAUCCCAGGGUGACCAGAACCAGGGCUGCUCAAAGAAAAACUGGUUCAGUUUCUUUGGAAAACGGAUGUGGCAGAAAAGCCACUCGAAAGAGAGUUUAUUUAAAUGACUCUGAUAAUAAUUCACUGGAGACUGGUGAGAGUCUAAAAGCCAGAGCUGGAAACAACCGUAAAGUGCUACGAAAGUGUGCCGCUGCGGCUGCGAGUAAGAUAAAGCUGAUGAGUGAUGCAGAGGAGAAUUCUAGCUCUCAGAGUGUCUGUUCCGGCCGCAAGCUGCCUCACCGCAAUGCUUCUGCUGUAGCUAGAAAAAAGUUAUUACAUAAUUCUGAAGAUGACCAGAGCUUAAAGUCAGAAAUUGAAGAAGAGGAGCGCAAAGAUCAAAAUCAGCCAUCGCCAUUGUCCAAUUCUCAUGCUGCCCAGAGUACUGUCAAUGAAUCUGAAAAUGGAGAUUCAGAGUCAGAAAGUGAUUUGCGGGUAGCACGGAAAAAUUGGCAUGCUAAUGGUUACAAAUCCCAUACUCCAGCGAUUUCUAAAACAAAAUUUCUUAAAAUAGAGUCUUCUGAGGACGACUCUAAAAGUCAUGAUUCAGAUAAUGGCUGUAACAGAACUGCUGGCCCAUCAACGCCUGGGCAGAAACUUAAGGUGAAAGGCAUCUCGGAGGAAGAGGAGGAAACAGAUUCUGAACCAAGAAAGCACAGCACCGGGUGCAAGAAUGCUACUUUCCUUAAAAAAGCGAAAGUCUUCAGUGAUUCAGAGGACUCUGAAUCUGAAGAACAAAAUAGAGAAGAUGAUGGAUGUCACAAAAGGGAAAUGAACCUGAUUUCAGGGAAUUUGAAGUGUGAACCUGUUGCUGGGUCCCUGUGGUUUUCAGACCAGGGAUCUGAUUUGGAGUCACAUGAUGACAAAACAAAAGAAAAAUCAAACAGUUGUAUGAAAGAUUCUACAAAACAAGACCAUGGACAAAGCAGAAAAGUUGCCAAGAAAAGGGUCUGUUCCAGUGACUCAGACAGCAAUUCAAAGGUGGUUACGAAAUCCUCAAAAGCCAAAACAGGUCUCAGGAUUCCUCGAAGAUGUGCAGCCACUGCUGCCAAUAGGAUUAACCUCCUGAAUGACGUGGAAGAUGUCAGUUUAGAGUGUGUGCGCACUCGAAGCAAAAGCAGAAGGAAGAAGCCCCUCCGUUUUCCUUGUACCACAGCUAAGAAAGUAGCGAGUGAUUCUGAGGGAGAUGGAAACUGGGGCGUGCCGAGUGAGCAGCGUGUCUGUGAAGGGAAGCUGCCUGAAGUGGACUCGGAAGGUGGCACAAAAAGUGUUAACCCGUCUUUAAACAGAAAUUCCGACUCAGAAGGUACUUUGCCCUCAGAGUGCAAGAAGAGGCACACCGACAGCCGUGAAGCAGGCGUUCCACCUUCUGAGACAAAGAACCCCUCAACUGGGUCUUCAGAGGGAGAUUCAAAAAGCCAUAUUCCCGGGGUUGAGGUUGGUAGAAAAUCUUCUGAGUCAACUUUAGUGCAAAAAGCUACAGUGGAGAAUAACUUUGAAGAGGAACUGAACUAUGGGCUGCGCAGGUGGAAUGGCAGAAGACUCAGGACCUAUGGGAAGGCUCCUUUCAGUAAGACAAAAGUGAUUAGUGAGUCACAGGAGGCAACUGAGACGGAAGUAAAAAGGAGGAGACUGCAUCCUGAGUCGGAAAAUGUGAAAAUCUCUGAAACCACAGGGAGUUCAAAGUGUGGACCUGAUGCUAGUCCCAAGUCUGAUUCAGAGUUGGGAUCUGUAAGUGAAUCAGAUGUGGACUGUACUGGUGAUACAAAAACCAAAAAGAGGAAAACAAGAGGAAAAGCAAAAGUAGUUAGAAAAGGUAAAGCUUUUACAGCUAACGUAUCUAAAACUGUAAGGCGGCAAAGACAGAGCAAGCGCCCUAGGUUAAAUGUGGAUGACAAUGACUGGGAGGAUUUGGACUAUGCAAAAUCUAGAAGAGUUCUUCGACGUUCAAAAAUAAAAACGAGAAAUCAGGGUAGAAGGACCGUGAGAUACCAUGAUGGGGAUGAUGAUAGAAGCUUAGAAAAUGUGUUAGAAUUUGAUGGUUGCACCUUAUGACCUUGAGGGAAAACCAGUUCAUUUAAAGAGGAAGUGGACUGGAAUUUAUAGUGAAAGCUGGCUAUUGAAAUUAUUUUUUGUCCUACAAUUCAGGGAAUAUAUUUAUAUUUUUCUAUGAGAAGUUAUGAAUGUGACUAAAUCAUGACUGUUAUUUUUAUUUGCACUUGCUUGCCUUUGUAGCAGCAUCAGCACAGGUGCCAAAAUAUGCUUCGUUUUGGGGGCAGAUCUACUUUGACAGUAUUUAUCUACAUAUAGCAAGAGUUUGAAAUAGUUAAAACACUAGACAUCCUGGUUAUCAAAACCGGUGAGCAUUACUUUCAUGGUAGCAAGUGUCAGGCAGUUAUUUUUUGAGUUUGUCCAGAGGUGGUGGAUUCUAACCCCAGUCCUAUUGUAGUAUAACAAUUUCAUAUGACCUGUGUUUACAGAUUCUUCAUAAAUAUUAUGUGCAUACUGACAUUACAAUCAUGGGAGGUGUGACCAUGAUUAGUAGGCAAGGUACCUACCACUUUUUUUCUUUCCCUGACUACUUGAGUAGAAUGCAUUAUACCAGAUUUGGUCAUUUUCAUUGAAAUGGUUUCCAGUUUUCUUUCCAAAUGCUGUUGGGUCUUUUUAAAAAAAUUUUUUUUUUUUUUAAGGAAAAUAUCACUUUUACUUUUGUAAACUUGAAUUUAUAAAGUGCUGGUAAAUUAUUUUUUUUAAUGUUUUGAUUGUAUAUUUUAAAAUUCUAAGGCCAAACUGUAGUCCUAGCAUUUUCUUUUAAAUUGUGCACUAACAAAAUGCUAUAUAAUUUGUAUUUCCAACAUCUCCUGGUUUCUGCGUAAGGGAUUUAACCAAAAUCAUGGUCUUCCAUAGUCUUACUCUGUGAAAUAGAGGAGUUUGUGUGCCUUAGAUAUAGGAAAAGUGUGUUCUUUAAUAGAGUGUACAGGGCUAAAAGAGUAUUUAAAUUCUAUAUAGUUCCCCCAUUUGUACUGAGAUUGUAGAGUUGAGUUUUACUUAAGAGUGCAAUCACAAAUCUCAUCUAUGUAGGAACAGUUAAAUGUCAUUCUCCAGCUCUAUUUUAGCUUACUGCCACCAUGUGUAAUCCCAAGCAUCAUUUGCUGGGGCAACUGAGUAUAUGUUAGUGACCUCUAGAAACUAAUAUGUUGUGGGAAAAUAAUUUUGGAGUCCAUUUAAAGUGAAAUUUUCAUUACCUAAUCAAAUACUACAGUACACUCAUUUUUGAGCCAAAUAUUUUUGCUUGAUAGGUUGUGCUGCUCUAAACAGUGUAGGUGGCCAUUCCUAACUUGUUUGUGCCUGAAGAUGGACUUGAUUCAAAUGGUUUACAUAUUUUGUAACUAAGGGAUAUGUUACAGUACUCCCACCUUGGUUAUUUAUUGGCCCUAAUUGUGUUUGGUUUCAGACAAAAUUAACCCCUUUCUCCUGUGUAUCCUUAAGGUGGUAGAUAGGAAAAAGCAUCAGACUGGUAUCAGUGUUAGAGGAUGUUCUUAAGUGUUGUUACUUUUUAGUUAUCUGUUCAUUUGACAUGGUAGAAGGUACUUUCUCUUUCUACUCUGAUACAAGGGAAGGAUGUUUUUGGACAUGACCACCUGAGAUAGGUGGGAUACCUACCCCUCCUUUGGUUGUUUAGAGAGCUAUUACCACUUCAGAACUAUGAUGCUUUUCUUCUCAGAGCUUGUGUUUUGAUUCAGGAUAACUGUUAAUUGACCUGAAAAAAUUAACACAUGCUUUUUACUUCCCUAAUUUUAAGAAGUGGUGAUAGAUGUCAUAUCCAUUGAUUUAUUUAAACUCUUCCUAAGUUUCUCUGUUUUAUAUCUUUUCUCAGGGUUAUAACUCCAUGUUUACCAUCAUCUGCAAAAAGGUACCAAAAAAAUCCAUAAAUAAAUACAGAAUACAUUGAUUCAUGCAUAAAUUCUUUUGGCAAAGUGAUGCUUUGGCUUUCUAGGCUUCAUCAGUAGAACCAUUCCAUCUUUUGGACUGAAUGGGUCGUUGAUUGGUGGGUCAACCAAUUACUAAUUUUUCAUUUUGUCUAAGAUGGUUAGACUCUUGUGUAGAAGCAGUAUUUUGGUUUCUGAAAAAAACAAGAAUUGGCCUGAUGACUUUGAAAACAUGGUUGACGAUGGUAGCUUUUCUCAUUCUGAUGUAAAACUAAGGGAUUUUAGUAAGCAUCAGUUUUAUGGGGUUUUUUUGGUCAUGGUGCUAUUCCUAAGGUUACCUUUGAAUAUGUGACACACACUCCUAAGUACCUUUAAGGAAAACUAAUAAAUAAUUAGUUCAGAAUGUUUACAUUGAGCACUAGAACAUGUUUGACUUUUUUCCUACUCUGUUUAUGCGAAAUGCACAGGGAUAUUUAAUGCACAGAUGUACUUUAUUAUGUUUGGGAUCAGUUUUUAUUUUUCUUGUGGAAGAAAAAAAAAAAGGUUACAGAUUGAAUGUGAACUGACCCAGAAGUAAGUGCUACAGCUUUCCAUUGCACUUGAAGUAGCUUAAUGGUGUUAUGUGAAAGAUGACGACUACUGUGGUGUGUAUGUCCAAAGUCCUAUGAUACUCAUUUGCGGUUUUAAAAAAAAGGCUUGAGACAUUUAGAUCUUAUUUUUUAUUCCUUUGAAAAACUAAUUUUAGCAAGCAUAUUAAGAAAAAAAAGUCUUCGAACAUUUAAAAAACAGGUGAGGUUUAAAAAGCACUUUCCCCCAUAUCCUACUUUAACAGAAAAGGGUAUACUGACAGCGUGUAGUAACUUCUGAAUAAAAGGAAGGGUUUACCCUAUUUCCAGAUAAUUCCUAGGGUGGUCUUUCUCCCUUUUUUAUUUUAGGGAAAAAUAUCUGAUUAAAGUAUUUCUUAGUUUAAUAAUCCUUGGAAAGAAUGUUAAACAAUUUCAGUUACUAAGUUACAGAAACACAAGUUUAAUUAAUAAAGAGUUUACCUAAAUAGGAAAUUAAUUUUCUAACAAGAAAACAAGGGAAAAUAACUUAGUUUUGGGAAAAGGAACUUCAGAACCUAGAAGGGCAAAUGGAUAAAGGAACCAAACCAAUAAGAGCACCAUUAGAAGGUAAUAAUGCUGUCCAAAAGUUAAGAGUAGGACGUUGUUAAUCCUUCACACUCCAUUGAUUGAUGACAUCUUAACUAAAAACUCUUAUUUAGAACAAUGUUGGGUCCAUACUACAUUCCCUGUUUGCAUUCUAGCCUUUUUUUCUUUAUGAUAAUCAGAACAUAGUUUAUUUAACUUCAUGGGUAUUAAAAACUAAAGAAGUCUAAUUACAAUGUAAUGUUCUGUCAUUACAAAUUGAUAUUGCCACCUAGAAAAAAUGAGAGGAUACAGGACAUUGUUAAAGGGUACAUACAGUAUUUUUGGUUUUCCUUUUUACUCAAUUUUACUGAUUUUUCAAGUAACUUCUAAAUGGCUAGAGAAGGUCUUUUUGCCUUAUCCUUUUAUAGCUGGAAUGUCAGUUUCAUUGUUUUCAUUAAUAACAAGUCAGUAUAUUUAAUUUAUCAGCUAUGUAGUAGUUGUGACCAAAUAUUUGAGGUUUUGUUUCAUAGAAAUUAUAGUUCAGUUAUUCUAGUAUAAUGGAGUGCAACAGAGCACCUUUGCUAUAGAAGAACUUUACAUCUUUUCAUUUUCAUUAUACCUCUCAACCUCUGCUGUUAGUAUCAGGGAAUAAUAAAGCAGAAACCCUAAGAAAUUUGCAACUGGGCAGUUUAAAGAUGGUCUCUUAUUCGAAGUAUCUGGGAACUUAAAGGCCAAACCAAAUAAAGUUUGUCAAAGCAGGGGAGAAAAUGGAGCAUUGUGGAAAAAUCUAGUCCCAACUAGAUGAAUAAAUGCUAAUCCUACUUGUUUGUCAAGUUGUGAAUUAAUGGAAAGGACUGAAGUAUUUCAUGUACAAUGGUGAGGGGCUGUGUUGUCUUUUCCCACAAUUUAUAAAAAGCAUUUAUAGCUAUUUUCUGAAAUUACAGAUGUUGCCUAAGGAUACAUGGGAACUCUUAAAGUUAAGAGAAGUUUUUACCAGUCACUCAUAAUCUGCCAAGCUGGUUCCUAAUGUUAAUUUGGUAGAAAAAUACCAAGACUUUUAAUUGAAAUGUCUCUUCAAGGAUUGUUUAUGGAUUUGAUGAAGGUAUGUUGGUAGGGGCAGUGACAUUUGGGUCCUACAGGUCUGCAGGCUCUCUCUUUGGCAGUAUGUAAGUAAGUAUAGACUACACUUGUCAAGACUUAUAGUUUCAUUGAAUUUAAUUAUCAGUGCUUACAAACAUACUUUAAGGUAAGUUUUAUUCUUUAUUAAAAUCUUCAAUGGGAGCUUGGACUGCUAAAGAGGAAGAGGCUUUUAAGUGAUGUAAUUGAAAUGAGAUAACCAGUUACAGGCUAUUGACAGCAGCAUCCUACCAUGGUUCCAUAAGGACAAUUACUUAGCUUUCCCUUUGUUGGUCAGUGGUUAAAUGUGUUAAAGGAACCUUUAAUUUUUAAUAUGUUGAAGUUACUUUUCUAAGUGUUGAUCCAUACUUAGUCCUUGGGCACCUGUGAACUGAAGCAUUUUAUUGGCACUUGCCAAAAAGGCGCAUCUGUAAUCUCCCAUUCCCGCAUAAGAUCUUUAACUUUCUAAAUUAACUCAUUACUACAUGUGAGUCUUAGCACCUUAGCACUUAGGAACCAGUUUUUCAGUCAAUUACUAACUAGUAGAGUAUAAUACAUUUUAUUUUGUUUCCUUAAUGACAAACAAAAAAGCUUGUGGGAUUUUUUUGGGUUUGUUUUGUUUUUAAACUACUUCAAGUCCGCUAGCUAGUUAAUCUGUAAGGUCUGUGGGCAGUCACUUGCCCUUGCAACUCAGCCUCUUGUCUUAAGCAGCUCCCUAAGCUCUGUCCAUUUGUGGUGCAUUCACAUUCAGGCGGAAUACAGGUCUACAAGUUGUCUGAGCCAUGGGGCACUGAAGGGAGUCAGGAGAUAGGCUGCAAAGGGCUUGUCAUUGGAUUGUCUGUGGUCCUGCUGCUUUUCAUUAGCAAAGUAAUAAAGUUGAUUGAAAACCCAGUAUUCUGAUACUUUAUCCUGCCAAUGUUAGUUUGAAAUGCUCUGACAAAUCUUUUAAGUUCAUUAGGCAUCUUAAGUCUAAGAUCCUUGGAUUCAUAAUUCAUAGAGGUUUUAUCAGAAUUGUUAGGGAAAAAUGGCAAUACACAUCUCAAAAUGUUGUGAGAAUCCUAAGAGUGACUUACCAAUGAGCUUUUCUGGGGAUGAGAGAAAACCCUAGUGAUGGUUAGAUUAGCUGUAGAUGCAAAACAAAAACAGUUCAGAGUUCUGUGGUGCUCACCAUUGAAUGUACAGAGUGAGGGCUUAACUGAUGAACUGAAGUUCAUCACCAUAAAAGUGACCAACUAGUGAACAACUAGGUUAUGGAAUUAUUUCUGACAAUCUCUUGACCUGAUGUUGCCAUACUGUGGAAGUUGACUUCUCAGUGUUAACCAACUCCCCUUAGAAAAGAAUAAAAAGUGUUCAGCCUAGUGAGUUACAGAAAACACUUGAUUCUACAAGUCAUUCUUUUUAAGAGGGAUGAGUAUCAGUGAUAAGUGCUAUUUGCUUCUGAGUUUUGGUUACUUCACUGCUUCUAGUCAAAGGUAGGCACAAAGGACAUCUCAAACCAACUCUGAUAAAAGGCUGAAGUGAGAGAGCUAAUGAUUUGAAACUAAACAGUUUCCCCUCUGUGGAUUUGAUGUAUCCACCAGCUCCAGCAACCAAUAUCAGUACUUAAAAAGUAUGUGAAAUAGGCUAGUAUAUUGGUAUUAUUUUGAUUCAGACAUUUUUUUUCCCAUUCUCAAAUUUGUUUUUAAUACUCCAUUAACAUGCUGAUCAGAUUAAAAAUUUUUUAUGCUUCUAAUGGCAAUGAUGUAAAGUUUAUUUUGGAUUUAGGAAAAUAUACUGGAUCAUGAAGUAUCAUAACGAUAUGAAUAAUCCUUAAAAUAUAGAAGCUAAAGAUUAUUGCUUUGAAUCAAGACUGUAACCUUUAUUCAAGUUUCUGUUCACCACAGACCAUCAUAGAAUAUGUAGUGAUCCGUGAGUUAGAAUUUGAGGCGGUCAUGUAGGUACACUGUGCUGAAGUACUGCUACAGAUGAAGUGUGCACUGUACUGAUGACUUUGUUGCCGUACCCAGUUAGGGAAUCACUGGAGAGCAGCAGUGCCUCAGGCACUCAGGGACUGUUCCAGCGCCAUGACCAUUGGAGACCGUCUGGGACAGUAGGACUUGAGCGGCAGUGCACUGACUCAGUAGUAGUGAGUGGUGUCAUCACAGAUGUACUGUUAGGGCAGUAGCCUCCCAAGUUUUAAACGUGUACCCUAACAUGCAAAUUGGAUUUCUCUCUAACCCCAAAUUAUCCUGUAUAUACUUCUAAAAACUGUUUAGCUUUUUCAAGAAUAAAGCACUUGAUAAUUUACCAAGUUCUCAGUAAUAAAAUGAACACUGACUUACA